CAUUGCCUUGACAAGACCUGAGAAAAGUUUGAGGACCAUUUGAGAGCUGAAAAAAUGAGUGCCGCGAGGAAACUAUCUAAAGCAGUGUUUUCGAGGUAUUUCUUCGACCAAUCAGUCAAAUGGUACAACGAGCUUGGAUCCGUAAUGACCGUGACAAGCUUGGACACGGUUAAGGGAUCGUUCAAAGGAAAGUACAUAUCUGCCGUUGGAAAAGCCAAGAAAGAAUACGACUUGGUCGGCAGGUUCGACACAAAUGGAGACACAUUAGGAUGGGUGGUUUCAUACCAAAAUAGGCAUCUAAAUGCUCAUUCCACCUGCGCUUGGUCCGGACACAUGCAAGAGCACUCUAAUAAACCAUUGAUUCUGACAACGUGGCUGCUGACUCGCGAAACCCCUAUCGAAGAAGACUGGGGAUCAACCAUGGUCGGAUUUGAUACAUUCACUCAAGAUCCACCGAGCAAAGAAAUUAUUGAAAGAGCUAAACUACGCGUCGUAAGAGCGGCAAUCCGAACAAUUAAGGUAUAAAUUGUAUAGGAAAUGGGUACGAAACGAAACGUUGAAAACCCAUUUGCACACUUUGAUGGCAACGAGCGCAAGCUAUAGCUAUGAUUUUUUUCAGUGUAGAUAAAAUUGUACGCAAGUUCGUGCCAAGAUUUUUAGCGUUUUUGUACGUUCGUCAUCUUUAUAGACAUAGCAGGGCACAGAAAAAUGUAAUGCCUGAAAACGGUAAACAAUAUUUAAAAGGAAUUUUAAAAAAGUCCUUUCAUGAUGCAUUGAGUAAAUCAUAUAUUUAAGGUAACUGAUUUAGUAAAGACUGUAAAACCUACGCAGAGGCGAGGAGAAGCUGACUAGUCUUGGUAGUAUUUGUUUUAAUAGUUUUUGCCUGCUUGUCAGACCACAAUUUUUAUCUAUUUUAGUCUUCUUAAUUUAAUUGCACUUAUCGUGAAAACAGCCUAAUGCUUUCAUAUAAUCAUAUAGCUUAAUUUGUAUUUAUUCAGAAUAUGUCGUAAAAUA